CGCUUCACUCAUAUCGCUCAUCUCCGUUACUCAGCAUCACCUCCUUUUACACUCUCGAAUUCGCAUUCUCUUCACUCAUUUUCCAAUCCAUGGCCAAGGGAGAGAAAAAACCUGCAGAGAAGAAGCCCGCGGCGGAGAAGGCUCCGGCGGAGAAAACAAAAGCCGAGAAGAAGAUCCCGAAGGACGCAGCCUCCGGCGAGAAGAAGAAGAAGAGGACGAAGAAGAGCGUGGAGACGUACAAGAUCUACAUCUUCAAGGUGCUGAAGCAGGUUCACCCUGACAUCGGGAUCUCCAGCAAGGCCAUGGGGAUCAUGAACAGCUUCAUCAACGACAUCUUCGAGAAGCUCGCUCAAGAAUCUUCCAGACUCGCGCGCUACAACAAGAAGCCUACCAUCACCUCUCGCGAAAUCCAGACUGCGGUUCGUCUUGUGCUCCCUGGUGAGCUCGCCAAGCACGCUGUCUCCGAAGGCACCAAGGCUGUAACCAAGUUCACUAGCCCUUGAACGCGUUUCUGAGAAUUUUAGGGUUUACGAGAUGUAUAUUUUGGGAGAAUUUUAAUUUUAUAUUUAUCCUCUUUUAUUACCGUUUUUCUUCUUUCAACAGGUCUAUGUUGAUCCUCUUAUUCUUUUCUCCUCUUAACCAUGCGCCGGAUUCUCAACGUCUUAAAUGGUUUAAAUGAGUGUGCAAUUUGAAAUUUUGUUGAGUUGUGGCAGUUAACGUUCUGCUGCAUCAUGGUGAUGACUACAAUUCAAUUCAUCGAAAAAUGUUGUUGUCAUAGCUUAUUGAGUAGAGUGGAUGGUGUUUUGUAGAUUUUGUGGUAACCUAUAUUGGAACCUGAUUUUGUUUUGUUCUUUUAAAUGGAUUGUAUCUAUGUAUACAUGCUUAUGUUCUUGUGCAAUUGUAUUAUAGAAUUGCAGGGGUUGCAUUGUAUUAUUGCAGGUUGGUUAUGUGAUAGAGCUGGUAGCACGAUGGAGUGCUGUAUGUUGUAUUA